GGGAAGUGAUGUCAGCCACACACAACACAUCACUGCUCAAGCCCUCAGACACAGCAGAGGCAAGACACAGAGAGGAGCCGAACGACACCCUGACUCAGAUCUGUCCUCGAAAUCUAUCUUCAUCCUUUGGGGAUCAAGACGCACGAAUAUCACAAAUAGCGAGAGCAGAAAAUACACAUUUAAACCUUUACAGCAAGCACCAUAUUACCAUAGUAUGAUAUUGAGAAUCUUUUGAAACGAGCGGCGAAAGGUUGUGAGACUAGAACUGACUGCAUCCGGAGCCACAUAAGGAGGAGACAGUCCAGCACUUGAAGAGGACACCAGUCUUUCGUGUCCUUGUCUUUGCACAUUUUUACCUGAAGCACACCUCGGGGCUUUCAAACCUGAACAUUCACUGGUUUCUGGGGCUAGCGAGCGUGCUUGCUAGCUAACCACAGACCACCGACCAUGGAGUUGAGAGUGGGAAACCGAUACAGACUUGGGAGGAAAAUUGGAAGUGGAUCCUUUGGAGAUAUUUACCUCGGUACUGACAUCUCAGUAGGGGAGGAGGUGGCCAUCAAGUUGGAAUGUGUGAAGACCAAACACCCACAGCUCCACAUUGAGAGCAAAAUCUACAAGAUGAUGCAGGGUGGAGUGGGUAUUCCGACCAUUAAGUGGUGCGGGGCAGAGGGCGACUACAAUGUGAUGGUGAUGGAGCUGCUGGGUCCCAGUUUGGAAGACUUGUUUAACUUCUGCUCCCGCAAGUUCAGCCUCAAGACGGUGCUGCUGCUGGCCGACCAGAUGAUUAGCCGUAUUGAAUACAUCCACUCGAAGAACUUCAUCCACCGAGACGUGAAGCCCGACAACUUCCUGAUGGGGCUGGGCAAGAAGGGCAACCUGGUCUACAUCAUUGACUUUGGCCUGGCUAAGAAAUACCGCGAUGCACGAACACACCAGCACAUCCCCUACCGCGAGAACAAGAACCUGACCGGCACCGCCCGCUACGCCUCUAUAAACACACAUCUGGGCAUUGAGCAGUCCAGACGGGACGACUUGGAGUCCCUGGGCUACGUCCUUAUGUACUUCAACCUGGGCUCUCUGCCCUGGCAGGGCCUGAAGGCCGCCACUAAAAGGCAGAAAUACGAACGCAUCAGCGAGAAGAAAAUGUCCACCCCCAUCGAGGUCCUCUGCAAAGGCUACCCAUCCGAGUUCGCCACCUACUUGAACUUCUGUCGCUCACUGCGCUUCGACGACAAGCCUGAUUACUCGUACCUUCGCCAGCUCUUCAGAAACCUGUUCCACAGACAGGGCUUCUCUUAUGACUACGUCUUCGACUGGAACAUGCUCAAGUUUGGUGCCAACAGGGCGGCCGAGGACGCUGAGAGGGAGCGGAGGGAGCGAGAGGAGAGGCUGAGGCACAGCAGGAACCCCGGGGUCAGGGGCAUGGCCUCAGCCUCAGGAAGAGCCAGAGCAGCUCAGGAUGUCGCCGCCCCCUCACCACUCACCCCCACCUCACACACAGGCAUGGAGAGAGAGAGGAAAGUGAGUAUGCGUCUUCAUCGUGGUGCACCUGUCAACAUCUCCUCCUCAGACCUUACAGGACGCCAGGACUCCCGCAUGUCAACUUCACAGGCUCUGUCCCGGGUCACACCCAGCGGCCUCCAGUCUGCAGCUCCACGAUGAACUCUUCCCAUUCUCCCUGGCACCAUGGAGGCCUCGACACACAUGGCCUGCUGUGCACACACAUACACACUUACACACACACACAAACAACUAUGAAACAACUCACAAAACCACUGCACAAGAGUUAGGCCAUGCUCUUGUUCCCUUGGCAGAGGAAGAGGUGUGGCUCAUAAUGAGGAGGAGGAGGGGUGUGUGUGUGAGUGUGAGUGUGUGUGAGAGUGAUGCCAGGGGUGUAUGGUUUGGUUGCCUUAACCACCUUGGCACUGUAAGAGCCCCUCUGCCACCUUGGAGGACUUUGGAAAUCUCCCUCCUCCCCCGUGUUGGCGAAGCCAUGGAGUCACUUUCUCUGAGGUCUUUUCCCCCCCCUUCUGUUUUUACUUGUUUUUGUCUUUUUAGACAAUUAAAAUCAUGCCAGCUCCAUUGGCCCGACUCACAGGCUAAGUCCUUUGGGAGUUGAGAAUGAAUUUUUUAUUAUUAUUUUUUAAAUAAAGGGCCAUUAUGAAAACACGCAGAAGACGUGUGAUCUGUUGUGGCAGUGCAACAGGACAGUCUACACUCCCACAAUUCAACAUUUUUAUUCGGCGGCUUUUUUUUCUUUUCUUUUUAAAAAGUUUUUUUAUGUUUGUGGUUUAAACUUAUGGCAAAGACUUCCAUCUCUUGUUGAUUUUAAACAUGACAAAAGGCAACCCAUCUUUUAAUGUCUUAUUUUGCAAAGUGAUGUGUUAGGAAGGGGCGUUUUCCCUCAGAUGGGGAAAAAAACCACACAUUGCAUCUCUCCUGUCUCUAGGUUUUGACUGUAGUGUGCCGGCUGGAGAAACUGUGAAUGAAACAGUGAAAUGCCUGUGACGUAGAUGUGUCCACAUUGUAUGGAUGGGACUGGGUUUUUCCCCCUAGUGGUUAGUGAUGUGAUUGUAUGUGUAUGUUUGUGGGGUUUUGUGUGAAACAAGGCUGUAGGUCUGCCUUAGGUUUAUAGAAGGGUGGGAGGGGUGUAACUUGGGGAGAAUGUCUAAAAGUUCAAACACUCUUGUCUCCAAACCCCACUGGAAACCAUCUGUUCCUCUAUCUUCAUUUUGAGCCUAGAUGCAGUUUGAUUUGUUUUCAACCUAAUCAUCGUUUUUUUAAAGGUGCAUCAUUUUUCUGCCAGGACCCUGUUUACCCACAAGUUUCCAUCCUAGCAAUCGAUUCUGACCAAAAUCUCAACCACUCAACAUCUUGAUUGUCUGGGUGUAGCUCUGCAGUCCAGUCCUAAGAGACCAAAAGCACCCAGAGCAUGUCUUUAUCCAUGACCUGACAGAUCUUCACUGUUUUUCACCGUGUUACAUUACUGCGCUACUAAACAUUUUCUUGUCGCUCCACAUCAGACCCUGACCCUAACCCUAACCCUCGAUUCAUUUUGGUCCUUUUUGGCUAUGAAUUGCUAGUUGCUAGCGCUUUUAUUUUGAAUGUUUUUAACUGUUUGCUCCAAAAUGAAUUGCCCCAAUGGGGUUAAUCAAGAUUUCUCUACUCUAUCAACGUUCCUUCUCUCCCUUGUUUAUUUAAGAUGUGCUCAUGAGCUGUGGGAGUGACUACAGCCAAAAACGCGUGCUGUCGCUUGUCGUUGAGUCAAAUCUAGAUCAGUUCACACCACACAGGAACCUCUCCGGGGUUCAUGUAUAACUUUACCUCCUCGACAGGGUCUCAGUCUGGUUGUUUUGGUCUGACCAAAGUGCGAUUGCGAUUGCGAGUUCAGUCGGACUAAACAAGGCAGGUGUGAAAACGCCUCAGGUCUCCAUGUGUUGAGGAAGACAUGCUCUGGGAGCUCGUGGGCUUGCCCCGAAUCGGACGAGAUUCUGGUCACAAUCCAACUGCGUAACGGAACGUCCAGGUAGAACAUGGACAAGAUUUAGGUUUUUAAUCAAACAGGCAAAAUGGGUUUCCGGGAUUCUGUCCUAUCUUGACUUGAAACUUGUGUUACCGCUAUGCAACGGAAGCGUGGACCAUGUCUAAUCGGGACGGAUAGGUAGCGAUCCAUGUAAAGACAGCGGUGCUACGAGGGUCUCUCGCCUCUUCUCCAUGGUCCGUCCACCCUUUCAUAUCGCUAACACCUUUCCUCCAAGCGGUCAGAGAAGAGUCGAUCCGAGCUGCCCGCCAGCCUCGCCUCUGACCGGCCAACUCCGCCAGCUCUUCAAGAAGAAACUUCUCCUUUGGUGUGGUAGACUGGUUACAAAAGUACUGUAGGCCUUUUUCUGUAGUGUAAGGAAAAAGGGGUUGUAGUGGUGAUUUUUGAGCUUUCUUUCUGUUCUUGUGUAUAGGAUGUGCCUACUCUGUUGACUGUGUCCACACAAGCCACUGUACGGUUGUGAGAUGAUAGUGUAUGGAGGGAUAGGGAAGGCUUCACUCCAUUGUAGUUUAUGCUCGGCUAGUUUAUUCAGUCCUUCACCUGUGGGCUCGAAGAAGAAAAAAAAACUCUUACUGACUUGUUUCUUUCACUGAUGACGGUUAUGGUUAUUGCAAGUACACUUUACAUGGGAUAAUUUAUUGUUGUUUCUUCAAUCUUUCAUGUCUGCUUAACCCUCACUACUUUUUUGUUUUUUGUUGCCUCCCGGUUGAGUUUCACCUGCACAGUGGAGACGGAUGCUGACAUCCCACAAUGCAUUUCUUAACUGUGGAUCCAUGGGAAGUCUUAACCCUCCACUUCAAGACUUUGAUCCCCCCAUUUGUAAUGCCACUGUAUUUGUGUAUUUUAAAAUGAUGUAAAUAAAUUAAUAAGUGCUUGUA